GUAAUGGGCAAGAAACCCGAGAGAACAAAGCAAAGAGACAGAGAAAGACACUGUGAGGAGAAGACAAUAACAACAAAAACCGAAAACAUCGAUGAAAAGCAUCCUAGCAGAACAUCAACCCCUUGAACGAAGCGAUUAAUCCCAAAAAAAGAAAUGCAAAUGCCACAACAAUUGCUAUCACAGCCACUUCCCACCAUAACCACCAUUACCUCCUUCAUAACCAACACAAAAGACAGCACCAAAACGACACUUUCAAUCAUUCUCGCCACCGCUCUUUUCUCACUCCUCUUCAUCCUCUCUCUUUCUUCCUCCUCCACCUCCUCUUUACAUUCCAAUGUGCACACUCGGCCCGACCCAUAUCUCUUCCCAACCCGCCAACCCACUUUUAACAAAAUCCCUUCUGAUCCUUCCCCUUCCAUCGCUUACCUGAUUUCUGGAUCCAAGGGCGACUCGAAUCGAAUCCUCAGACUCUUGUAUGCGGCUUACCACCCGAAAAACCAGUAUCUUCUCCACCUAGACCGCUUUGCCUCGCAGGCUGAUCGUGAGCGAUUAGCUAUCACAGUCCAGUCGGUGCCUAUUUUUAGAGCUGCAAAGAAUGUGAAUGUGAUAGGGAAAGCUGAUUUCGCCUACCCAAAAGGGUCAUCUACGAUUUCAGCUACUUUACAUGGCGCUGCUAUAUUGUUGAGAUUGUCAAAGAAUUGGGAUUGGUUUGUUAAUCUUAGUGCUGGCGAUUACCCACUUAUUACACAAGAUGAUCUGCUUCACAUUUUCUCCUAUUUACCAAAGGAUUUCAAUUUUUUGAAUCACACGAGUUACCUUGGCUGGAGAGAGUCUAGGAAAAUGAAGCCUAUAAUUGUUGAUCCUGGGCUUUAUCUUUCAGAUAGAACUGACAUGUUUUAUGCUUCUCAAAAGCGAGAGUUACCAAAUGCUUUCAGGAUAUUUACAGGUUCUCGUUUGUCCAUUUUAAGUCGUAAUUUUAUGGAGCACUGCAUCCUGGGUACGGACAACCUUCCUAGGACCCUACUGAUGUAUUUUUCAAAUACACGUUCAUCCCUAACCAACUACUUCCCUACUGUCCUAUGUAAUUCUCAUCAGUUCAACAGGACUAUCAUAAACAAUAACUUAGAAUAUGUAGCCUUUGAGAAGACUUCUAAGCAGGCAAAUCAUACACUCAAUAUUAGAGAGUUUGAUGCUAUGAUUCAGAGCGGAGCUGCCUUUGCCAGUCAAUUUCAACAUGAUGAUCCAGUGCUGGAACGCAUUGACCAGGAAAUUUUGGGACGAAAUCCCGGACAAGUUGUUCCUGGUGGCUGGUGCUUGGGUGAUCCCGAGAAUGGGACAUGUUCAGUUUGGGGUGAUGCUUAUGUUCUAAGGCCUGGUCAAGGAGCAGCAAGACUUGAAAAACGGAUCGUUGAAUUGCUGUCAAAAGGUGCAUUUCGGUCUCACCAAUGUAUAGUCGAAUGAUCUGGUCUCUCACUCAAAAAUAUAUAAACGGAGGACACUGAAAGGAGGUCCUGCUGUUCAAAAAUUUUGUAUAAAGCUAUAUUCAAUCUGAUUAUUUUGGCAACAGUAAUAUUCAUAGCUCAUUGAAAUAGACAGUUGGAACUCGAGAUUAUUUGUAAAGUGAAAUUGAAAACCAGAGGUGACUCUAAUGUUCCACUGAAAAAAAAAUGUUAUUAAAUGAUA